AUGCAGCCCUGCCAAAACUGCGUCUCAUGGAAUCUCGCUUGCGAAGUAGGGGUUUCACGUCGCGGAAAAUAUCCCCGGCGAAAGAAAAAGGUAUCGGCUCGAACACCCACAACGCCCAAUGACACAACAAAUGCGUUGGAUUCCCGAGUUAUACAGGGACAAUUUCCAUUACCCGGACAGAGAUCUCAGUAUCCACUCACUCGUCCCGCAACAGCGGAGGAUGCGAUUCAUAAAACCGUCUUUCUUGGCGAGUCAAGUCCUCUCACCUGCGUUGUAGACGAAGGGCGACGAUCUCCAGACAAGGGGUAUGCAUGCAGUAUCCAAAAAGGCCGACUCCACUACUCCAUCUCUGAGAUUGGUGGCAUAACUGGAAGUAGCCAGGAUUCACUGGGGUCCCGCCGCAAGCUGAUACAUGAUCGCCUUACCCGGGAAGGGGCUCUCGUAUUCCCAUCGCCUGCUGUCUGCGAGACGUUACUUCAAGCUUAUUUUGACUGGCUCCACCCAUGUUUUCCAAUCCUUGAUCGGGCAGACCUGCAAAGUAACUAUCAAGAUGGCAGGCUGUCACCUUUGCUCUUCCAGUCAAUGCUCUUCAUUGGUGUGAGCUUGUGCUCGGAUACAGAUUUGAACACUACGGGCUUUAAUAAUCGUUACCAAGCCAAAGAAGUAUUUUAUCAACGAGCAAAGGAUAUAUAUGAUUCAGGAUGGGAAACCGACACGGUUAUAAAACUGCAGUCGUUGUUUCUCCUGAGCUUUUGGCGUGGAAGCCCAACCGAGGAGCGUGAUGUUCGAUUCUGGCUUGGAGCUGCUAUCAGCCUUGCCCAGAAAAAGGGCAUGCAUGUCAUGUCGAAAUUGUCCUUCCUGAAUACACGGGACCAAAAGCUUUGGAAACGAAUCUGGUGGGCUUUAUAUGUUCGUGAUCAACAAACAUCAGCAGCUUUGGGACUGCCACCUCGAAUACGUGACGAAGACUGUCAAAUCGCAGAUCUUGAAGCCGCAGACUUUGAGGAAAGCGAGCCUAUGGGACCUCCUACAAUAUUCCGCACACCACCCAAAGUACACGUUCCUUACGUGAUUGGAAUGGCACAACUGGCCAGGCUAUUGCGGGAAAUAGUUUGCAGCCAGUAUCUACCUGGUCGAUCCAAGUUGGGCAAUGAUGCUCGGCCAAUGCUUCGUCAACGUUUAAUUGACUGGGAGUCGCUCCUCCCGAAGGAAAUGCAUUUUCAAAUGCCCAUGACUAGGGAAGCAAUGUUCCUGGUUGGCAUGCUUCAUAUGGCUUACAAUAGUAAUAACCGAGACCCUUUCCGGCUAAGAUCCAUACAGCAAUUUGUACAUUCUCCUAUACAGACCCCUUUUCUUGCAACCCCCGUCCAGUCGGUGAAUCCAGAAGGAAAUGCCGCCCUGGAUGCAGCAACACGAAGCACACGAAUUUUAGAAGAUAUGCUCUCAGAAAAUUUGGUCCAACAUGGAUCAGUUCACUUAAUUACCCACACUUUCUCGGCUUUAUGUAUACACACCAUUCAUUUCGGACGGGUAACCGGCACAGCCCGGAAGUUAGCAGAACACAGGGCAAAGUUAUGCCUCUUGGGCUUGAAGGAAUUACAAAAAUCAUGGGACUUGGAGAACUGGGUCCUCGAUCUUUUCUUCAGAUGCUUGGAUGAUCGCACUGCUCGCGAUCUCCGAUUAGCUGACCCUGCUAUGUCCUCAACAUCACAAACAGGCGAUGAUCGAAAUAUCGAGGAGAUACCACCUGCGUCUCCUGCUAGUGGUCCAUAUAGACCUCGUUCGCCUAACGCAGGGGAGGAUCUCUUACAAACUCCUAACAUGGUAUCUCAUCAUAAUCCGGGGGAAGAGGCGACAAUUAAUAUGGACUGGUAUGAGCUGUUUAACGUGGAGGGUGAUGAUGUGAUGGGCCUUGCUGGCUCAUUAUCGAAUCCAGACUAUUUGAACCCACAGAACCUCGAGUUUCUGUAUCGAUUCCUAUAG